UCAAACCAGUGAAUCCGAGUGGCACGACUGAACAACAACAAAAGUGUCGGAAUAUCAUUACUUUGUUAUUAGGUCGUGUUCAGCGAGAACUUUAAUGAUGCUCCGAAGUAUCUAGAGAUGAGAGUAAUCGACUUCAAGAGAAUCAUUGUUUGUGGAAAUGUCAACCAAAUAGAUUAUGCCUUGCAUUCAUCCAAUGAGGAAGUGUGAAGAGUGUGGCCAAGUGUUGAUGCAAAGAGCUCUCAUCACCUUCAGUUUACAACCAUUUUAAGUGCAAGGACAUGCUAAAAUGCACCUCAAGGCCGUCAUCUUGGGGGUGUGGCUCUGUCAAACCAUCGUCACCAAUGAUGCUCAAUAUUCCAAUGCCCAACUGGAUCAAGACCAUCUGAGUGUUUUGGACUCUCCCUCUGAAUUGGAGAGACUCGUGUUUAAUGUGUACAAUGCUCGGCAUUGGCUUCUCCUGUUCCAUCAUGACCAUUGCAACAAAUGUGUUUAUGAAUCCAUUCAAGCCAUUGCAUUCGCUAAAUGGAUCCAAGAUUUGGGAUUGGAUCCCCCGCUUCAUUUGGGAGUGAUUUCCUGUUCCAAGAAUGAGGAUCAAUGGCGAGAGUCCGCCUCUUUCAAAAAGUAUUGUGAUCCCUCCUUGAGGAAAGAAGAUCGGAUGUUCCUGAUCAAACCUCAAAGUCAGUCAUUGGAAUCGGAUGCUGUCCCACUUCCCAAUUCCCAUCUCAAACAUCUGGAGCGACUUCAAAACGCCAUCGGGCGUCAGUUGGCUGGAAAUUGGACCUCUUUAGGAGACCAAGAGCUUCUUAGUUCAAUGACUGACAGCUCCAAGAGCGAGAUUCUUCUGGAUUGGCCGAAUGAUAACAUCAAUGAUGAGGUUCUUUUGGUGGCUGAAAUGGAUUUGAAUCGGAAACGGAUCUGGAUCCACCGGAGGACGGAUGUCAAGUCAACCUAUGACGAAAGGUUGAAUUUUGUCCAAGAUCCAAAUGGUUCCAACCCUCGCCUUCGAAGCAAUCUUGACAAUACCGACGUUUGUGAUGCCUGGAGACCCAAUUGGUUGCUCAACAUCCUCAGUUCAUUCUUGUGCCCGAAAAGUGACCCUUCAGAUUGCGACAUUGAGAGGGACCUCUUUCCCACCUUAGACCUGAUGAGUGCCAAAAAGGAAACUUUCAGCGUCCGAGGUUUCGAAUCCAAGUUCAAAGAUAUUUGCCAAUCCAUUCAAGUCGAGAAGGAGGAAGAUAGUAGUGGCGAUGCGACGAGGAUCGAUGACCAAGAUGUUCAAUUGAAGAGUCAAGGAGGCCGAACAGCUCCACAAACGACCCGGGAGAGACUGUCACAGAUCAGCCAAAAACGACAACAUCAACAACAACAACGACCACUGCCACCACAACAACAACCACCACGACCACCACAACAACAACAGCAACAACUAACACCACCACCACCACAACAACAGCAACAACAAACGAAAUGGGAGAAACCGAAACCACAACAGAACCCAUCCCAGACCCCACCAUCACAACCAUUGAGCCCCUUGCUCCUGUCGAAUUCACCACAACCCGAUCCACAACUGACAACGACAAAGGCGAAGGAGGCGGACCCUCGGCGGCCAGCGACGAUAAUGGCACAACCCUUGACCCCAAUGAGGAAUCCAGUAACAACAUUUCUGAGCCCAUCGAGUCCAAUCGAAGUGGUCAAAAUCGAAGGCUCGACCCCGAUCAAUCUGGACCGUCGACCUCCAACUCCGAAUACAACGGGUCCUCCACAACGACCUUCUACCCCAUUGCCUCUUCCCAAAACGAGGCCAAUGUUCCCCAAGAAUCCCGAACUGAUGACACAGAUGGAACAGAUUAUGACGGAGAGGACCAAUUUAUGGACAUCUCAACAUUCUACCCAAUCCAGUCGGACUCCCCAGGACAUGACAACCACUUUCAGCGCACCAAGUGGAACGCAACAAGUCCCCGAAAGCGACCCAGAUUCGACGACCCCGAGGUUCGACCCAGUUCCUCAACCAAUCAGACCAACAAUGAGCUCAAUCUUGAGUCCGACAUUUUCGCCUCAAGCCGACCUUGGGACGAAAUCUACCAACCCGAUGGGGAAGCGAGAAAGUCCACGGGAUCAUCCGUACUCAGUCAUGAUUAUGACUCGGCCGACGUCGAUGAUGGAUACUUCCCCGUCGGUUUUGGGAACAACCGAUCACGGUCCCUCAGAAACCGAACGUCCUCCCCGAUUGCCCACUCCGUCCAGCUCAUUUUCGUCCUCGUUGUCCUCAUUGGGCAGCUCUAAGGAAUUCCUCGAUCAAAAUGAAGUAGAAUCUAGUAGCCCUUUGGCCAGUACGCAGUCAUUCACUCCAAAUGACCCAGGUUCUCUUUCCGUCUCGUUGUCAGAAUCUAACUCGCCGUACAACAAAGGUGAUCCCAUUUCGACCUUCCAGUCCUCCAAUGGGAACCAAUUUUCUUCCUCCUUAACGAUUCCUCCCCCAUUAUCAAAUACUGACGAACCGCAACAUCGACUCCGACCCGAUCGAAAUGUCUCGCGAGUCUUUGAAAACAGUCCUCGAACUUUUUACCCUGAAUCUACUUUGUCGUAUGUCUCUCGCUAUCUCAACAUGAUGGAUGAGCUGGGACCUUCUAUGAUCAAGUACAGACUCGAGCAGAUCUUUCCUAGCCUCCAGAGCGCCCUCUUGGCCACCACCACCACCACCGCAACCUCGUUGGAACCACAGAACCAACUCCCCGAGCUCCUCCGUACCUCCAAUCCAGAGUGGCGCUUCAACCGAGAGUGCAUCGCACGAGACCGGGGCAAGUCCUUUGUUACCAAUCAUCUUCGCGAUGUGGUUUACACUCGAGAUUUGGAGCGAGCCCUUAAAUUGAGUCUUUCCAGUCUGAACGGCUUAGACCUGGAAAGUGGGAUGGCCAUAAGGGACGUGGAGGCCAAGGGAAUCAUCUCCGCCUAUGUCAAACUCUUACAAGACUUCUAUCCUUUUCCUGAGGACGAGGAGGGAGCCAAACUUCGGAACUACAUUCACUUGCUGAGCAGAUUCCUCAACCAACGAAGGCGACAGCCUCGAAGGUCGUUCUCGUUGGCCCGAUUGAACAUGUUCAAUGAUCAAUUGAGGUCCAUUUUGGAGGUGGACAACAACCACCAUCCUCGUCCUCGUCCAAGGGAUCAUCAUCUUCAUUCUUCAGCCAUGCCAUCAGUUGAUGACAAAGAACAUGAGCAUUGGAUGGGAUGUUCCAAUUCUGGAAAUGGAUAUCCUUGUGCCCUGUGGCAAUUGUUCCACGUCCUCACGGUUCAGCAUGCUCACGAUUGGAAAUGGAAUUCAGAUUUCAAAAGAUAUGAUAUUUUGGCCAUCUUGUACGAGUAUGUGAGGUACUUUUACCACGCCACGAGCAAGUCCCUAUUCAUGAGGACGUAUCAAAUGAGUCCGCCUCAGUUGGAGCUCAAUCCAGAGGAGUCGGCUCUUUGGUUGUGGGCCGCCCACAAUAAGAUCAACCAGUUCCUGUACGACAUAGAAGUGGCCAAAAAUGUCAGGAGAAUACCAAAGUCAUUGGAGAAAUCUCGGCUCAUGGCACCUUGGCGGACUGAGCCCAAUGUAUGCCGAUCUCAUAGUUUCCCGGAUAGUUCCAUUUGUCCAAUAUGCUAUGCGGAGAAUGGUAAAUUUAGAUCCAAAAGAGCCAUCUUACGUUAUCUGUACGCGGUAUAUACGGAAAGUAAGAUCAUUUCAUCCGAAGGCCUGUCCUAAAGAUGUUAUCCAGCCAAAACAUACCUUUUGUUGCCAAAGAUGUUGAGAAUCUCAGAAGCAUCCCUCAGAAUAUAUUUAGGGUAGAUAUCUUGGACUGUGAUCAAAUCGAAUAAGUAAUUACUAUUGGGAGGAGGAGACCGCUCUUGCUCACUCACCAGUCAUCGAUUUAGUGCAAUAAAGAUCGAUUUGG